CAAGGAAGACAAAAGUCAUAACGGACACUCCGGUUCUGCAGAGCGCUCACAGUGCUCCCCGUUACGUCCCGUGACAAUUAAAACAGACAAACUAACGGGACGCCCGUGAUGCAAGGCCGCCUGACGCCACCUCCACUCAUCACCAAGGUGAAACAUGCUGACUGCUAUCAGAUCUACAAGAUGUUCUCUCAGUUACCUCGUGGGUUUCUCGACCUCAGCUAUGGAUGCCAUGUCAGGAUAUAUGCAGGCCAAUGUGGUCAUCCUGCCCAAUCAUCUGGCCGAUGACUUUGAAGCCUUCUGUCACCGUAAUCCCGCCUCCUUACCGCUCCUUUAUCGCAGCCAAUCAGGAGAGACUUCCUGUCCGCCUCUAGCUAGACAUGCAGACAUAAGGACAGAUAUUUCUCAGUACUGUGUGUAUGAGAAGGGUCAACUGGUGAAAACAGUCUCCAGUCUGCAGAGUUACGAUCAAGCAAGGAAUGCAUCAGAACAGCAGGCUGUGCCUGAUAGCCAUCAGUGGUCAGACAUGGUGUGUUUCUAUCUGGGCUGCAGCUUUGGCUUUGAGGGCAGACUGAAGACAGCAGGAGUCCCAAUUAGGAACGUGGAGCAGGGCAGGAACGUCAGCAUGUACAGGACUGCAAUUCCCUGUAUCCCUGGUGGAGUGUUCAGCUGCCCUGUAGUUGUCAGCAUGCGUCCUGUUCCAGCUGAAAAGUUGGAUGCAGCAGUGGAGGUGACUCAUCUCAGCCCACUAGCACAUGGAGCACCUGUACACAUAGGAGAACCAGCUCUUAUUGGCAUACAGGACUUGUACAGACCAGACUAUGGGGACAGACUCGAACUGCAGCCUGGUGAUGUCCCUGUCUUCUGGGCCUGUGGAGUGACUGCUAUAGAGGCAAUACACAGCAGCAAGCCUUCGCUGGCAUUCAGUCACUCACCAGGCUCCAUGUUCCUGACCGACAUCCCAGACUCCUCUUCUUCCACCAUAGCCCCUCCCUCUGACAGCAGGAACACUGCAUACACCGAACCCGACCCUGAGCUGAUCCCCCUCUGCAUCCUGGUAUCCCACAAGCCCUUGCUGUACAGCCUGGCAUCUCAGAGGGCAGUGUCAAGGAUCAGAGAGCUGGAGAGGAUUAUUGGAGAGGACCCAGGUCAACGUGGGAUCCAAGUUUUAUUCACCCAGGAUGAACUUUUGCGCUCCAGUCUGGCCCUCUCCCACUCUUUCUCUGUUGCCAUAACAACUGGCUUCCCUACACACUACAUGCACAGCCCUGCUGAUGAGACAGACGGGCCACCCGGAGCUAUUGCCAUGGCAACCAUGCUGUUGUCUCUAGGGAAACAGGUGACGCUGGUAACAGACAGGAGAGCCCUGGAGAUAAACCAGGCCAUUAUUGAUGAGGCUGUGAAAACAGGUGUGCUGAAAACUGCAAUCCCAUUGGUCACUUUUGAAGACGGUGGCCCGGAUGCUGCACUGCAUUUCCUGUGUCACAAUGGAGACCCCAGCAAGCCCAGGUUUGACCACCUUGUGGCGAUAGAGCGCAGUGGAAGGGCUGAAGAUGGAAAUUACUACAACAUGAGAGGUGUAAACAUCAAACAUUUGGUGGAUCCUAUUGAUGACUUGUUUAUUGCUGCCAAGGAUAUACCUGGAAUUACCACUACAGGAGUUGGAGAUGGUGGUAAUGAGCUGGGCAUGGGUAACCUGAAGGAGAGGGUGAAGAACCUGAUGCCCAAUGGGAGUCUCAUAGCCUGUGAUGUUCCUGCUGAUUACGCCAUCACUGCUGGGGUGUCUAACUGGGGGGGCUAUGCUGUGGCCUGUGGGCUCUACCUGCUCCACACUUGCCCUUCACACCAGCGCUACCUAAAAAAAGGUCUGGGAGAGGAAACCCCACCCCCCCGAGAGCAGCUGCAGGACUGGAUCGCUAACCUGCCCUCUGUGGACAAGGAGGAGUCUGUCCUCUCCACGCUGGUGCGGUUUGGAAUACGAAGUGGGAAAACUGGCCACCUGGCCAUGGAGGUGGAUGGUUUGACCUUUCACCCCACACACUCUGACAUAAUCACCAGACUACUGGAGGUCACACGAGGCUCCACCUCUCAAAACCCCUGAUCUGCUCCUCCUGUGUAUUAUCAGGAGUAUUAUCAGAGGCACUGUUCUCAAAAGUGAAGGAUUGUCAUUGUGUGUCAAAAUCACCUUGAUAUUAUAAGAGAAGAUAACAGUUUAUAAUCAAAAUACUCUUUCAAAAUUUGUCUUCCAUCCCAAGAGGUACACUGUACAAACAAAUACAAAUACAUACUUAUUGCAUUAUACAUUAUGAACAUGUGGCGGCAUUGCAAUCAACUUUACCACUUCCUUUUAACACUUAGUGCUCCACACAGCAACUAAUACAAUUACUAAUCACCCAGAUGGUAAAAACAUCUUACAUGUGAAUGCUAACUUGGGUCAGAUUUAUUUUAGAAGGUUACACCACACACAAACACACAUACACUAAACACACACAUAUACACACACACACACAAUAAAUAUGCUAACGGGUGAAAUUCUGUUUCCUUUUUAUUCAGAGUGCUGAAAGAAAGUGAGAGAGAAUAAAGAGAGCACUGUGCAUGUGUGUGUGAUUGUCGAUGCUGCCUUGGUUACCUUUCAGUCCUCUCCUCUCCCUUUACUACCAGAGGUAAAGCAAAGUGGAUUCAAGUACAACAAGGUCUCUUUUCGCUCUCUGUUAGGCUGGAUCAUUAGAAUUAAAUAUUCAAAAUGCCGAUUCUAUGUUGAUGCUUGAAGGAAGAGAAAUGAAAGUUUAAAAAUUAACUCUUGUUGCUGAAGGAUGACUUGAUGAACACGUGAUGAUGGUGGUUGUUGCAAUACAUAUUUUCAUUUUAAAAUGGGCUGAAUGACAUUCUUAGACAUGUAGGCCUUAGCAGAUGCUAGUGUAAGUUGGCUGGGCAGUUCCAUAUCUCAGUGCUGAUUGUGUUUUUGGCCCAAAUGAUUUAAUCUGAAGAAAGAUAAGAAUGUAAAAUGAGACUUAUUAUUGUGUGUAAAAUUACAAUUUGCACAAUUUAAUUAAUGAUAAUUAUACACCUAUAUAUACCUAUAAGAGGGAAAUAAAACUGAUAAAAUAUUGUUUACAGUGUUAAAAAAAAUAAAAUCAUACAAUGAUUCAAUCUACACAUUUACUUGAUCUCACUGUUCCCUUCUCCACAAGUCAUUAAUUAAUUCUUAUCUAAUACUUAACCAGCUUAUUUACCUGUACUCUAUAUUGUGUGUUUAUAUAUAUUAAGCACUUUAAUUAAUUAUAGUAAAAAGGUUUUGAAUGAAGAAAUAAACAUUCUUGAAG